AUGAAGACCCAGACCAAGAAGGAGAGUGAUGGAGUGCUGCAUCAGAUGACCUGGCCUCAAUCAUGGAGCCUCUAUUUGGACACAGAGACAGUGGAGCACAGAGAGCUACCCUGCCUGUGUGUCGGCCUGCAGGCUGCCUGUGUACCUGUGAUACUCAGUAACGGCUGGGAGAUGCCCUUCUCGGAGAUCAUCCACUGGAACACAGCAGCUGUGAUCGGGGACGAACGACUGCUACUUCAGAUUCCGUCUACGGUGCGUUCCAUUCACCAGGACAACAUCUUGUCUCUCAGACAGCAGACCCAGUUCCUGUGGGAGGCCUACUUCUCUUCUGUAGAGAGGAUAGUACUCACAACACUAGAGAUCAUCCAUGACCGGGUGCUCCAGCAUGCAGCCCGUAGUAACCUGAUGUGGAACAGUCUUCCCGGAGGUCUCUACUCCCUGCCUCAGUACUCCUCAUACUUGGGAGACUUCCCUUUCCACUAUGCCAAGCUAGGUAUCAAGCCUCGUCCCAAGUUCACGGCGAUCAUCCAUGCUGUGACUCCCCUGGUCUCCCAGUCUCAGCCCAUCCUCAAGCUACUGGUGGCUGUCGCCAAGUCCCAGCACUGUGUCCAGGUGAUCGUCCUAUGGAACUGUGACAAGCCCCUCCCGGCCAAACACCGCUGGCCUGCCACCGCCGUACCUGUCCUGGUCAUAGAUAGAGAGAGCAAGGUGAGUCCUCAGUACCUUGACGAGCCCUACUGUUUGUUGCUGUGUCUUCAGGUGAUGAGCAGUCGUUUCCUGCCCUAUGACACAAUACCAACAGACGCCGUUCUGAGUCUGGACGAGGAUACAGUUCUCUCUACUACUGAGGUGGACUUUGCUUUCACGGUGUGGCAGAGUUUCCCAGAGAGGAUUGUGGGAUACCCGGCCAGGAGUCAUUUCUGGGACAGCAACAAGGAGAGGUGGGGUUACACCUCCAAGUGGACCAACGACUACUCUAUGGUCCUGACAGGAGCUGCUAUAUACCACAGAUAUUACCACUACCUGUACACCAGUUACCUGCCGGCUAGUCUGAGGGACCUGGUGGACCAGCUGUCUAACUGUGAAGACAUCCUGAUGAACUUUCUGGUGUCAGCCGUCACCAAGCUGCCGCCCAUCAAGGUCACCCAGAAGAAACAGUACAAGGAGACUAUGAUGGUGCAGACCUCUAGAGCGUCUCGGUGGGCCGACCCAGACCACUUUGCCCAGCGACAGAGCUGCAUGAAUAAAUUUGCCAGCUGGUUUGGCAGCAUGCCCCUGGUGCACUCUAAUAUGCGUCUAGACCCGGUGUUGUUUAAAGACCAGGUGUCCAUACUGAGAAAGAAAUACAAGGACAUAGAGAGACUAUAACCAGCCUGAGACCCCUGCUGCCCCCUUGAAGGACAGGAGAGUAGAGGGAUGGGACACACACAGAGACCCUCCCAGAGAGAAGGGAGGAACAGGAGAAGAAACGAGAGGAGAGGACAGGGCGCUGUGGAGCCAGGACGCCACGACCCUCCCAGAGAGAAGGGAGGAACAGGGGAAGAAACGAGAGGAGAGGACAGGGCGCUGUGGAGCCAGGACGCCACGACACUCCCAGAGAGAAGGGAGGAAAUGGGGAAGAAACGAGAGGAGAGGACAGGGCACUGUGGAGCCAGGACGCCACGGUAGACCCUCCCAGAGAGAAGGGAGGAACAGGGGAAGAAACGAGAGGAGAGGACAGGGCGCUGUGGAGCCAGGACGCCACGACCCUCCCAGAGAGAAGGGAGGAACAGGGGAAGAAACGAGAGGAGAUGACAGGGCGCUGUGGAGCCAGGACCCUCCCAGGGUUGACCCUCCUAGAGAGAAGGGAGGAACAGGGGAAGAAACGAGAGGAGAGGACAGGGCACUGUGGAGCCAGGACGCCACGACCCUCCCAGAGAGAAGAGAGGAACAGGGGAAGAAACGAGAGGAGAGGACAGGGCACUGUGGAGCCAGGACGCCACGUCCCUCCCAGAGAGAAGAGAGGAACAGGGGAAGAAACGAGAGGAGAGGACAGGGCACUGUGGAGCCAGGACGCCACGAUUGACCCUCCCAGAGAGAAGGGAGGAACAGGGGAAGAAACGAGAGGAGAGGACAGGGCGCUGUGGAGCCAGGACGCCACGCGUCUUCCACCCACACUCUCCAUCCUUGUACGCUGUUGCUGGUGCCAACAGUGGUAACCGUGACAACCCAGGCUGUAUUUUGGUAGGAGCUGUACACAGACAGAAAACUAGUUCAUGCACAAAUGACAACAUGGACGUCUGGGGGUUCCACGUUCCACGUUCUUCCCCUCACAAGACCUGGUGAACCACUAUAAUCACACAGCCCUCACCUAGUCAGCCCCCACUAUAAUAACAAUAUAUACUAUCUAACACACCCUUUUAUGCAAAGACACAAACAUUUUACUUCUGGGUGGUCCCAGGAAUCGAACCCACUAUCAAGACUAACACCCACAGUCAUCAAUAAAGACUCUCUUCUUUGUCCAUCUUCAACUCUCAUUCACAUUAACAUGAUCCGAUUGAUUUGAGUUGACACACAUUCAUCAUCUUUAGAGUUAAAAGGACACUAAAGGGGGUUUUGGCAUCUACUGACCCAGAGUCAGAUGAGGUCCUUUAUCUACUGACCCAGAGUCAGAUGAGGUCCUUUAUCUACUGACCCAGAGUCAGAUGAGGUCCUUUAUCUACUGACCCAGAGUCAGAUGAGGUCCUUUAUCUACUGACCCAGAGUCAGAUGAAGCCCUUUAUCUACUGACCCAGAUUCAGAUGAGGUCCUUUAUCUACUGACCCAGAGUCAGAUGAGGCCCUUUAUCGACUGACCCAGAGUCAGAUGAGGUCCUUUAUCUACUGACCCAGAGUCA